AUGAUCGCAGAAACCAUCUCCCUAGGUAUUCUGUCCCUUCCAUCGGCUAUGGCAGUGCUAGGCCUCGUCCCAGCAGUCAUUCUCAUUAUCGGACUUGGUAUACUCUCAACCUAUACUGGAUAUGUGAUCGGCCAAUUCAAACUCCGAUACCCGCAAGUGCAUAGUAUGGGGGAUGCUGGGGAGGUCAUGUUCCAUCCCAUGGGGUUAGCUCGCUUUGGAAGGGAGUUUUUGGGAACUGCUCAGCUACUCUUCCUUAUCUUCGUCAUGGGUAGUCAUAUCUUGACGUUUAGUGUCAUGAUGGAUACAAUCACAGAUCAUGGGACUUGCUCGAUUGUAUUUGGAAUUGUUGGCUUGAUCGUCUCAUUUAUCUUUGCCUUGCCUCGAACCCUUCGCAAGGUGUCUUGGUUCUCAUUUGCUUCCUUCGCAAGUAUCAUCGGCGCACUUUUGAUCACUAUUAUCGCAAUUGCUAUCCAGCACCCGGGUGACAGCAAGAUAGACGCGACUACAACAGUCAGUCUUUCAAAGGGGUUCCUGGCCGUGACAAACAUUGUCUUUGCUUAUGCUGGCCAUGUGGCUUUCUUCGGCUUUAUUUCCGAAAUGGAGACUCCAACGGACUAUCCCAAGACAUUAUACUUGCUUCAGAUAACCGAUACAAGUAUGUAUGUGAUAGCUGCUGUUGUUAUAUACAUCUACGGUGGGAAAGAUGUGGCUUCACCCGCUCUAGGCUCGACAAAGCCGAUAACAGCAAAGCUUGCAUAUGGAAUUGCUAUUCCUACGAUUGUCAUAUCUGGUGUUAUCAACGGGCAUGUUGCGGCAAAAUAUAUUUACGUCCGCCUUUUCCGGGGCACUGAUCACAUGAAGAAGCGCACAUUCUUCUCCAUCGGGACCUGGAUUGGGAUCACCUUUGUGCUAUGGGUGAUAGCCUGGAUUAUUUCCGAGGCAAUCCCUGUGUUCAAUACUUUGCUCAGUCUAAUCACUUCUCUUUUUGCUAGUUGGUUUACCUACGGCCUCAGUGGUAUAUUCUGGUUGUUCCUGAACCGAGGCCAGUACAUGGAUUCCUGGAAAAAGAUGGCUCUAACUGCUAUCAACUUGGUGAUUGUCGCCAUUGGUGCUUGCUUAUGUGGUAUGGGUCUCUGGGUGUCUGGUAAGGCAAUUCACGAUGAUACGAGUGGUUCCAGCUUUUCAUGUGGUCCCAGAAGUGGAUGA